AUGUCGGCCUUCAACGAUUAUUGCUUAGUUUGCGAGAAGAUCUGUGCUAACAACUCUGUCUACUGUUCGGAAGAGUGUAAAGUGGCAGAUCAGCAGGUGACGGCCUCGCCUACUCUUUCCAGCUGCUCCUCAGUGCAGUCUGCCCCUUCACAAAACUUUAACUCGAUACCCACCAUUAUAUCUCCUAUUCUCACACCGCAAUACAACUACGUGCCGGUGGCCAGAAACACGGCGUCUCUUGUUAAGUCGCCGGCUGCCAAGGACCUCAGCUACGAAUCUCCUAUGCUCUCGAGCGUGUCUUUCCACAAUGAUUUGGACUCAAAUAGACUGGAUCUGAAUGCUACAAAGCCUUCUGCUACUACCAACGUUUAUGAACCAAGAACACAGGUAAACAGAUUCUCCGCCCAAAACGUGAGUGAUCUGCUCACGCCUGCCUCAGAAAAUUACAGAAGGUGGCUUUCGUUCCACUGA